AUGGCAGCGAGAUAUGUCGCUGCUAUGUCGCGCCACUCUCGCUGCGAUAUAGUCCACGAAACUGGGUGAUAUCUUAAUUAAUUCAAUAUUGAAUUAAUUGCAAUACAAUUUAAUUAUUGUCGCAUUCAAAGCUGAUUAUAGACGCGCGCGCGCGGAUACACUAAGAAUAACUGACGAGAUAAACGCGAGGUCGGUGGCGGUACAUUGACGAACUCGCAAAAAUGUCGCUUUUUUCUAUGCGCGAUCUCGCAUUUAUCUCGGCGCGACCUCGCAUUUAUCUUGCAUUUCGGAAAUUUUCUAAUUGCCAGAGAAAUGCGAGCUCGCGCCCAAAAAAAAAUGCGAGACCGGCGCGAGAAAAAAAGCGAGAUGUUUGCGAGCUUGUCAAUGUACCGCCAGUGUCUCGCGUUUAUCUCGGCAGUUAUUCUUAGUGUAAUUAGGUUCAAUGGUUUUUCUCCAGGCCUGCUAAGUAUUCUUAAGUGAAUUUCUAAUUCGUCACCUUUCCUCGAAUUUCUCAAAUUUUCAACGCGGCAUAUCUCUCUUUUUAAGUAAAUGUUUUCAAUACCCAAACGAGAUUAUUUAAUUCAAAGAAACAUUGCGAACGUAAAAAUUUUUGAAGCUUUUUCUUAGGCGACGUCAUUGUUUUAUAUGAUGUCUGAAAAUUUCCUCAACUUUCAAAUUUCCAGCAUAUAGCCUGUGCCUACAUUCCAUGCCCAUCUCGUUUACCACGUUUUGUCGUCAUUUACUCCCAUCCAAACGGCAGCGACAUCUCGGACCAUCUCAUCGGCGUGCCUUCUCUCCUUGACUUCGCACGUUUCUACAAGUGCGACGUCUACACUUACGACUAUUCUGGCUAUGGAAUCAGCUCAGGUUGCCCCGGCGAGCGGCAAAUGUAUGCAGACAUCGACGCCGUCUACGAAGUUCUGAUCCGAAUAUUUAUCGAGUAAUCAAUAUUUUUCCAGUACGUCGUGAACGAAAAAAAAGUAAAACCUUCGGAAUUGGUACUUCUUGGAUAUUCAAUUGGAUCGGCGGCGGCUAUUGAUCUUGCCGUACGCGUGGAGCCUAAACCAGCCGGUUUUCCUUUUUUUUCGAUAAAAAUAAUUUUCAUUUGCUCAGGAAUAAUUUUGCAAGCGCCUCCGACAUCCAUCUUGAGAGUCCUCACCUGGGGCCGAAUGUGCUUCGGAAACACUCACGAGAGGGAAAGUUGUUGCGCCGACCGUUUCCGCACUUUGGACAAAGUUUCUUUCUUGUUUUUAAUACUCUUUGAAUUUUUACUACGAUAUAUAGUAUCAAAUCAGACCAAAAAAGUUGAAAAAUUUUCAAAAAAGCGUUUAAUGUAACUGUUUUCAAAAAAUACUUUCAUUCUGCUCAUUUUUCUGUUUCAAAUAGAGUGCGGAGCUUCUGAGAUAGGAAAAAAAGGAAGUUAGAACCUGGUAAAAAACCUCUAUUUUUCUCUUGAAAAUUUAAAAUCAUGUUUAUUUCAUGUUAAUAUGCGCUUUGAUUUAAAGUUGUAGAAAUUUUAUCUUUUUGCGAUGUUGUGAAAUUAUUUGUUAGUGAGUCAAUGUCAAACGAACUCUUAUUUUUUUCCUCACCUUUGUUUUGAAAGUUAUUUUUUUAUUAUUAUUUUCAGAUCGGCUCCAUCAAAAUACCGGUUUUGUUAAUUCACGGCACAAACGAUCAAAUUGUCCCGAAAGAACAUAGCGAGGCCAUUUGUCAGCAAAUGAUUACGCGGGUCCGUUUUUUUACUGUAAAAAUCAUAGAGGGGCCUAUGAUUUUUUAAUUUUUUUAAAAAUCAUAAACCAUGUAAAUCCUUGAAAAACAUUUUAGGUGGCUCCAGAAUGGGUUCCAGCAGCAUCCCACGACAACUUGGAAAACUGCAAAGAAGUAUGGCUUCGGAUACGUCAGUUUGUAAAAAAGUUGGUAUCUUGUCCUAAUCCUUUUUUUCUUCUUACAAAAGUGUUCUCCGAAAAAAGUUCCGACGAGAUAUUCGUCAUUCUGAAAGUUUUUCAAGAAGCUUAUCAAAGAAAUAAUCCGCAGAUUCUUUUACCUUAUGACCUUUGCUUCAAAUUGAAAAAAUCACAUUUUCAAAAUAGUUUUUUUUUUUUUCAAAAUUCUUUCCUAAGUUUGUUUGACACCACUUUUUUCUACAUUUUAUUUAUUUUUACCUGUGCAGGUCGGGUUGCCCCGUCAUAAUUGUCUUCUGAGUCUUUGAGACACCUACCCUCGGUUUUGAUGCUCCUUUCACUUGAUUACGGCAAGCAUGUGCAGAUGAAAAUCGCAUUAAAAUUUAUUUCUUUUUCUCGCUCAAAUAUUGUCACAGCUGCUUGAAGUGUAUUUCUAAUAGUCCCUGCGUUUGAGGUCGGAUUUAGAUUAGAACCCGAGCGGUGCACACUUGAUUUUCCGAAAAUUCUGCUCUUUGCGUUUGUGAAGAUUAAUGAAUAUUCGGAAAGGCACAAACUUCAAUAAUUUUUUUUGUCUAAAAAAAUCUUCGAAAUUGUCUUGCCUUAAGUUACUGAAUAAUCUCUCUUUGGUCUGAAAACCAAGAAGAACUGUACGAGAGAGUGCCGCGAAUUCCUGCACUACAGUCAGGAGUAAUAAUUCACUCUCACUCAAUGAAAUGAUCAAUUUCAAAUCUUUUUGUUAAUAAAUAACGCAUUACCUGCAACUUAUUAUUGCAGCGAACUCGGAUUAUCCAACACAAAGGGCAAAGCCAAAUGAGGCUUUGUGUUUUGUAGCCUGCUCCAGACGCUUCUUCGUCUUUUUUUUUCUCACUUUGUUCUCUUCUAUUAUUAACAUAUCAUUUGAUAAAGUACUCCUUGAUUUUUUUUUCACUUUUGAUCCUUCUAAAGGUGAGUGCAGGUAUAGCUUACUUCGGAAACUGUGAAUUAAAGUUUUAAAAAAAUUUUUAUGUUCUUUUCCGUAGUUUUAUGUUGACUUUCUUUCAUAGUCCUUUCGAAAAACUUUCAUCGAAAAUAUGUAUGACAUUUGAGCAUCAUCGAACGUUGGUUUCCUGACAAGGGAAGUGUGUUAGGUGAAAAUCACGAAUGUGGUCCCUACUUCUGUGGUAAGUAGUCCUAGAUUAUGAGUACUCGAAAAUAAAAAGGAAUAUCAGCUAAGCGCCAUAGGUUACUGAGAAUUACACUGUCGAAGAUGAACGGAAAAGGCUCAAAAACUGAUUUUCUUCGGGUUUUCGUUUUUUGAACAACUUCUGUGAAAUUCUGUAUUAUAAGAUACACGAGAAAAAACUUUUUUCUACAUAAAACCCUAAUAAACUUUGUUUUCGAGCUUUACCUGUACAGUUUUGACGCGCUAUUUCUCAGUACCCCAUGACGCUUAGCAGAUUAUUUUUAUCGUUUUUGAGUAUUCAUAUCUGGAAGAAGUUUGGACCAGAUCUGCGAUGUUCACCUUGCACACUUCCCUCGUGAGCAUGUCUGUGAGAAUAACCAUUUCCAAAACGCUUAUUUAAAAACGGGUUUACUUCAAUUACUUCUUUAUUUACUUCAUUCGGAUACAUGUUAUGAUAGAUAAUUCGUAGAUGUAUGUGGAUUUGUUUUUUUAAGAAAGAAACUAUUUUGCGAUCUUUUGUUUUUCGUGUAAUAUAACUAAUUUCAUUUUUAAUCGUAUUGGUCAAACUAGAAUUUAUAAAAAAAAUUUGCGAAGGAGAGAUAAAUUUGUUGUGGGAAAAGACGAAGACGGACGAUGUCGCGCCCUUUCUGACAGAAGACGUCAACGUCGACGCUCCAGAACGGCGUCUGCUCUUUUUCUUUUUUUUUUCUGGUUGGAGGCAGCUUUCGCGUGAGAAAGAGGCGGAGCCGGAUAUACUGCGGCUCAUUUUCUGUCUCUUCCUUGCUCUUUGUUUUGUGUUUCUUUUCAGUUUGGAGACUAUUUCCUAUUGCUUUUUCUAGUCAAUUUUUUUUUGUUUUCGUCGCUUUUUACAGAGACGAAAAAGUAUCUGAAACUGGAUCAUUUUCGAGAGAAGUUAAAUCAAGACGAAACGUAGUUAGAGAAGUGGGAAUCCAAUACUGGAAAGGCAAUUACGAAGCCUUUCUCAUUUUCGUCUCCUAGUAUGUUUUUAGUUGUUUUCUUUUCUUCAAAAGUUCUAGGAAUAGAUCUGAUAGGGGCAUCAUGGAAUUUAUCAUCUAUUUCGAACUUGCUAGUCUCGGUUUUUCUUCUUUUUGAUGUAUAGUAAAGGAGGAUCGUUCAAUUCCAGAAAAAAACUCAAUGUUCAUAUUUUAUAUUCUCAAAAGCAGUUACAAGGUUUCAAUAUGGUUUUCUUUCUCUUUCCUAUUAAUUUACAGAAGAAAAAGGCUCUAAUUCAUUGAGUUUGACGUUUAUGAAUAAAAUGGAGUAGUCCCUGGAUUUUUCUUCAAAAGAAGUUCGUUCUUUUCGGAGCAUCGAAUGAAGCAUCAAGGGUUUUCUGACGACUUUUUCCCGCUCCCCAAGGAAAUCGCGUUGCGAAUAAAAGGCCAACUCUUCACGGGAAACGGAAAAGCCUGUUAUAUUUAUUCAAUGAUUCGAGUAAUUCAAAUAACUUCCGCUGUAUCUUUUGCUCUGCCGUCCCCAAAUUUCUUGCAGUGGAUAUUUUGCCUGAAUGUAUAUUUUCAAUUCAAUCAACAUGAUGCUUUUCUUUUGGGAAAAAAACUGAAUAACAUAAAUUCAAUCCAAAACUCUAAGUUGAGAAAGAAACGAAAAAGUCUUUGAGGUCCGUCGUGUUCAAAAUAUUCUUUCGAUGUUUGUGUAAUGGAAGAAGUCACUUAAAAGUACUUGGAAGCACUCUAGACGAACUGUGAUCCUAUUUCCUCGCGUCUAGCAAAAUCAAACAGAGUUUGCGGUAUUCAAAAUGAAAUUAGCUGAAAAAUUCGGUUUGGCUGAGGUCCAAGUCCAAAUCGAAUACGUCGGCUCUUCUUCUUUCAGCGUUUUCUUUUAGCCGCAGUGUUGCGAGGUCGCCAAUAAUUUGUCCUGCUUUUCCUUUUUUCGACUUCUAUUCGUUCAUCUUUGACCCUCGCUCUUUGCUUGUUUUUGCCGCUGCCACAUUUAAACAAAAGAAUAUGCUUCGAAAAUGUAAACGAACUGGAAAGAAGGAAGGUGAAAAAUGGUUGUUUGAUGAGUUUUUGCAGAACGCGUUUAAUGAUCAUUCAAAUUUUAGGUCUUGCUCGAAAAUUUUUCUGGGUACUUCUCUUUGAAAAAUCUCAAAAUAGGUUUUUUUCAAUAAUUCUGUGUGAUUUGAAAAUGAGCUGAUAUUUGCAAGUAUGGACAUUGAAUUAUUCAUGAAUAUAGAAAAAAUAAUCCGUUGAAUCGAUAGUUUACUCACAAGAGCUCUGAAGGGUGUUCAAAGGCGUUUUGAAGAGUCUCGAAACUUUUUUCUCGGUAACGUUUCUUGUUGUUAAUACGUACCACAUGAAUCGAAUAAAUUUCUUCUCUUUUUCCCAAGCAACUCAUUAGGCGAGAUCGGAAAAAAAGGAUGAGCGUUUCUUUUUUCAUUCAUUUCCUAUUAUUAGUUGCCUCACACUUUUUUUUUCAUAGGAAGUGUCGUUGUUCAAACCAAUCAUCAUUUUGUAGUGCGUUUUUUUCUGCUGUUGGAAGGAAAAGUAAUUUCGCAUCUUUUCUUAUUCUGAUGAACCAACUUGGGCGUUCUAUUGAUUUUGCUGGAGCUGAUUAGCAAUUCUUCAGGUUUCUUUGCCCCUUUGGGCCAGAACCUCGUCGGGGGUCGUCUCGUGUGAAUGCAGCCGCAGGAUUUCGUCAAAACUGCUCGCAAGGUCUUUAUUUUGACGCAGGAGUAGCACAUCGAAAUCUAUGUCUAUUUUUAGCCAAUUUCGUUCCUAAGUCGUUAUCUUGCUCGCUUGGACCUUUAUUUAGAGUUCUCUAGAUUCGAUAAAGCUCCGAAAACAUCUAUCUGAUCAGCAAAUUUUUGUUAAUUGUAAAACCCAAUUUGUGAACGUUUCUUGCAAAGAAAAAUUCCAUUUUUGAGGCGUUAUUGUCACACUCGGUUUCAAUCGAUAACUACACGACUCAAGACUGCGAGAUCGCCUACCAUGCAACUACAAACCCUCUCAUGCAGGUCUCAGCUGGUUUUUUUGGACAUAUCGCAACCAGUUUUGAUUUAGUUGGUUAAUUGGGGAGCUGAACAAUUUUGUCGCCCGCAGAUAGUUUUGGUCGUAUUUCGAAAACACAGCUUUUCUAUACUUUUAACACAUUUAAAAGAAAAGAGUGUGAGAAAUGUCUGAAGCAGGUCCGAAAAGAGUAAGAUCCUCUUUUCGCUUUUAACUGCUCUAAACAUAAAUUUAAGUCAUCGGUUUUCUGUAAAGAAUCCUGCUUGCAGACCAUUCGAUUCGUGCACGUCUUCUUUUGCGUGGUGGGCGCGACGGCGUCAGCGCUGUUCAUCUUCGUCCUGCUGUCUUCUUCUUCCCGUCACAUGCACGUCAACCUCAGAAUCUCCUUGGCGUCGCUUUCUUUCGCCGCUUGCAUCGCUUGCAUUCAGCUUCUGCUCAUCGCCGUCUACCAGUUUGUUCUUUUUCCUAUUUCAUGAUUGAUUGACUGUUAACCGCUAUUUUACUCCAUCAUAUCAUUCUGAUCGUACCUCUUCCAGUCUUGUGAAUACCUUGGCCGACCAGAAUCCAUGCGACUCUAUUUAUGAGGCUCAACGGUGCGCUAUUCUUAGGUGAGCUUCUGUGAAAAAAAAAUUGACGCAUAAUUACACACUUCUUACUAAUCAGAUUCCCCGUGGUGCUGUCGAUAUAUGCGACAUUGUGCGGGAUUAUCGUGCUAGCCAUCGAAAGGACCAUCGCCACUCUCAAGUACAGAACGUACGAGGCGAAAGGCUCUCGCGUGGUCGCCGCCUCGUUGGUCGUCGCGCAGGUCUCUCCGCCGAAUAAACCUUCUGACUCUUUUAUAGUGGUCCAUCUGCACGGUUCUGGCGGUCGUGUCCGUGCUUCUUCGGUCGGACCCCGGCUAUGUCCAUUACUGCACCGCCUAUGUCUCGCAUCCUCGUACCGCCGUAUUUUCCCUCUGCUUCAUGUCUCUUCUUGAAAUCUUCACUCUCAUAUAUUUCGUCUGUUAGUUCAUUCUACACUUUUUUCUAGGGGAGCUAAUUGAAAAAAAAAAACUCUGGAAAGUUUCAUUUUUUCGUUUCGUUCGAUCAUAAUAAAAGGGUUUCAUAAGAUGAAAAGUGGACACAAUGUUGACAGAUUUUCCUGAAUUUCUCAUUUGUUCUGAAGUUUCAGUACUCCUUCAUUCAAAUCAGAGGCGACAAGUCAAUGAAUUCGUGAACAAGGCGAUGCAUACACUCACUGAAAGGUAUCAGCUUCAGGUCUGUCCUUUUUGCUUACUUUCAGAAGUUUCUUUUUUUUUUGAGGAAAAUGUGAAGAUCAUGCGGAUACUCAUACCUUCGAUAACCGUUCACGCAGUUCUCGGAGUUUUUGGCCUUGGCUCUAUGCUCGUUUUCGCCGUCGCCCACAGGUUUCACACAGAAUUCUAUAUUUAAUUUUUUUGGGGAAAAAAAGCAAACAUUUUAUGAACUGUUGGGCACCGAAUUUGCGAAAAAACUUUAUAUACUUUUUUUAUAAAAAUAAAAAAAGGUCGAAGAAUAUUAACGGAAAAAAACUUGUAUCAAAUGGAACAAAAAGAGAAUUUAUCCAGAGGAGUCUGAAUUCAUUUUAAACAAAAAAUGAUUUCCGAAACGCCAUUAUUUUUUUCGAUUUAGAUGACUUCGCUUUCAAAACACAUAUUUUUGUUCGUUUAAAACACUUCAGUUCUUAAGUUUUCAUGUUAAUGGUACCAGUCAUAUUGUUAAAAAUGAACAAAAAACCUUCGCUUCCAAAUAAUUGCUGUUUUUGAGGUCGGUGGAAGAACGGCUGAUUGUAAGGUUCGCGCCUUUCUCCGAAGUCGUCCUUCUGGUCAUUCCCGUCUAUGCCGUCGUUUUCCCCUUCGUGGCUGUUGUCCGCAACAAACAACUGCGACAGGCCACGAGGUCCUUUCCGAGAGGAAACUGUACAAUUUUUGGGAAAUAAUUUUAGAAAAGCUCUUCCAUUUCUUUUCAACCCGCAGAACGACGCUCAACAGCCUAUGAUCAUCAGACCUCCGGUUUUUGUUUUUUUUUUCUGAUCUCUAUGAAUUUUGAGAAGAAAUUUUCAUCGCAUUUCAUCUGCAUGUUUUGUUUUUUUUUCAAGCAGAGGUUAGAAAGUCUUUUUUUGGAAAGAACUGUUUUCAAUUCUUUUUGCUCUACGUUUAUUUGAUUUCGAGACAUUUCUAGAUAUAGAAGGGAUGUUCUUUUCUCGAUUUUUUUGGCGGCUAGAAUUUUUGUCAUAGACCUCUGCUCAAAAUUUUAAGUUUAUUUUUGGGAUCUGCUGAAACAAGGUGAUCCUAGUAUCAGCCCAAAGUUCCAAGUGUGAGAUCAGAUCUUGCUCCAGUUAGAAAAAUGUUUAAGGCUUGCUAUUCAUCAAAUCAGCACCUUUUAUAUGAACUUUCUCUUGGAAUUCCAAGUUUACCGCGAUUUCAGGACCACAGCGUGAUUGUGAGCCGGCCUAGCAAGCAGAUGGAACGCGACUCAGACACUCACUUCGAUUUGCUCAACGAAAUGUGGAAAAAGUGA